AUGGAAGCAGUAAAGCAAAAAACGGCAGAGCUCCUAAAGGCCCUCACCAAAGAAGACUUCCACCUCUGCUAUAAUCAAUGGAAAAAACGUAUGGAAAGGUGUGUGGCGAGGGGAGGGGAGUAUAUUGAAGGGGAGCAUUUGAAUGUAGAAUAAUUUUUAUAAUAAAACACUUUUUCGUAACCAGUCUCGUUAUUUAAUAGCCACACUUCGUACUCUAUUAAACCAAAGAGUACACCCAUUCACACGCAUACGCAACCAAGCUCUGAAAUUUGCCGGACUCCUUAAUUAAUUGAUCGGAAACAAUCGUUACGGAUCGUACGCCGUCGUCAUACAAUCCUGUACGCCAGGGUGGUCCAACCUUUUGUGGUUAUCGGGCCAAUUUACACUUUCAUAAAAACACUGGGGGCCACAAAAAAAAAAAAAAUUCAGUGAUAUUAUUAUUUAUAUUUUAUUAGGUUUAUUGCCAUGUUCAAUACAUAAAUAUAUUCGUUCCCAUUUCGAAUUAAAUACUUUUUUUUUUUUUCAGACACGGUAAAAACUAAAACAUAAUAGGUCAUAUUAUAUACGGUUAAAAUCAUAUACUGAUUACAUUUAGUUUAGAGAAAUAGAAAAUGCUCGCGAUUGUAAAUGGUAUUCAGGCCGUCAAUCGCGUCUUAUCGCGAUAUGACCUACUCCUCCAUAUUCCUACGUUUUAAAGUAUAAACCAUAAAUAUAAAACUAUAAAACGUAAAAUUUAUACGAUUAUAUUAAGAUUUUAUUAUAAAAUAUUAUUGUCACUUUAAUGUUUAAUUAAUAAAAAAAAAAAAAUUAAUUUGAUUGUGGAGGAUGGCCAAAAUAAAAGGCUUCGAGGGCCGCGAGUCGAACCGUCUUGCUGUACGCCGUACACCGUGUAUACAGCGAGUCAUAAUAUCAUCAAAAUACCUACCGCCAAAUAAAUCAUCGUAAUACACAUGCAUAAUAUACUGUUUCAAUCAAACUAAUGGAAACAUGUAAUUUACGUAAAUUGUAACGUCCGUUCAAAUUAAAACGGAGCAUUUGUGCGAGAAAAUACGUGUAGGUACGCGUUAAGGCUGUUAAAUCAAAAUUGUAGCGAAAUUUUGUUCUCUACAAAUGUCGUAUACCAUGUGUAUCGGCGGCAGCUAGAUCGAUAGGCGGGUGAGUGGACGAAGCGGUGUCAAUAACGAGGAGUGGGAACGCAAUGCGUGAAAACGGACAUGGUGUACUCAUCGGUUGAAUAGAAUAAAGAUCCGAAAUGCUUCAAAAGAGCUAUCUUGUCGCUUUUUCAUUAAAGCAAGAUUUCUUGUAGAAAAAUGAUUUACAGACAAAAAAAAUAAAUAAAAAAAUAAAUCGCAUAUCUCACAGUAAAACUAUAGUAUACCCCUUGCUACGCUAAAAAUUAAAUAUAUAUAUAUAAUAUAUAAGUAUUUUCUAAAUCCUCUUCAAAUUCAAUCAUUUUUGUAUAAUCUACGUCAUAAAUUAAUAAGUCGUUACAAGUAGUUAAACAUGUUUAUAUGAUCUUAUAGAAAACGUAUGAAAGAAGAAAAACGUCGAAUGGUGGAAAUGGUGGAACAACAGCGUAUAUUAGCGUCUAAAAAAUACGAUCAAGACAUGGAAAUUGAGCGGCUUAAGAAAAAGAAGCAAGCAGACGAGAUUGUAAACCAAAUGAAAGAAAACGAGAAUACAAGAGAAUUCGAGGCCGCUAGAGAUGCACAAGUACGUACUAAUACUGAUAAUAUAUAAUUUAUUUGAAUUUUUGUUGAAAAAAAACAUCAUCAUUUAGGAUGCAAAAAUUCGUAUGGAAGCUGCAAUGGAAGCUCAGCGUGCUGUAAUCAGAGAUCACCAUGCAAAAUUGUUAAAACAAGCAGAAAUGAGACAAGAAGCUUUACAAAUUAAUACCCAAUUAAAAGAUAUGAAAAAAAUGGAAAAAGACCUAAUAAAUUUGGAAAUAAAACAAGUACACGGGAGUAAAAUUAUGUUAAAUUUAGAGUCAUAAAAAUAUUACAACAAAAUGCUGUAAUAUUCAAUAACUGUCCAGUUUGAGAAUAUAAAACUAAAAUUAUUGAAUUUUUAUUUUGUCGGUCGUGUCGUUUUCUUUAGAUACAAGAAUAUAACCGGAAGAAGGCCGAACGAGAAAAGGCAUAUGAAGAUUUGAUGUUGAAACAAAAGAGGGAGAAAGAAAUAGAAAUCGCUAAGAUCCAAGCGAGCCAAUUGGCAUCGCAGGACCUGCAAGCCGCAAAAGACGAGCUCAAUAUGCUUCGAAUCCAAGACCAAGUAAUUUUUUUGAUAUUUCCAUAUACUCGAUGGGAUUUAUAAUCUCUUACGGUGGGGCGAAUAUAGGUAGAAAAAGAAUGGCGCCGAAAGGAACGCGAAACGGCAUUAAAAAAAAUACAAAUAAACGACGAUUUAAGAGAAGCUCGACGUCUACAGAUCGAAGGGCAGAGAGAAUACCAAGCGUUUGAAAUACAAAGGGAAAACGAAGAAUUUAAUCGGAUUAUCAGACUCAACGUGGAGGAUAUGGAAAAAACAAAGGAACAGGAUAGGCAGACUAAAUUAGUAUGCAAUGUUGUCAUAAUAAUAAUAAAAUAUAUAUUUGCAACAAUAAUAUGUAAUACAUUUUAAGUUAUGCGUGUGCUAGGAGCUUGUGCCGGGGGAUUCAUUCUUAUCAAUUUUCAAAAUACAUAAGAAAUCAAUUAAACAAAAUUGUCAAUCAUAUAAUUAUACAAUAAUAUCGAGAGAAAAAUUUAACUCUAAAUUACAACAAUCAAGAUUUGUAUUUGAACUAAAAUUUAAAUAUUAGAUAGAUCUGGGUGUUUCACAUAUAAUCUAAACGAAUAUGAGCGACAUAAACUUAAUCUUGUGAUCAAAACACUAUUUUUGCCAAAUAAUUUUUUAAAAUGUGGUAAAUUUAUAUUAAUAUUUUUCUUGUAUCUAGUGCUGUGACAUUGACGAAAAAGUAACGUAGUUCGUUGCAAAAAUCUGUUUUAGAUUCUGUAAUGACAUCGUUUUUAUUUAAUAACUUGUUUAUUUUAUUUUAAUUUUUAUCCGGUUUCCCAAUGACCUAGUUGAUUAUUCUCCAAAUUUUUUUCGUAUCUGACUUAGCAAGAUUUAAUCUGUUAUGAUUAUAUAAUUGUCUAAUUUUCUAACUAAUUGAUUUAAAAUAUUUCUACACGAAUUAUAGGAUUUCUCCAAAAUAAUACCAAAAGAAAUUUUUUAAAUAAUUUCUUUCUAUUCCUAAUUGAUUUUAUAAUUCCAGUAGUAAUCCAUUCUUUUAGUUUGCAUAUCGAUGUUCUAGAAUGACUAGUAACUCUAGUAAAACUGUUAAUGCAUGAUGAGUACCCAUUUGCAGCCAUAAUAUUCAAAGAAUCAUUGCUAUUUAAUGAAUUUCUUAUUAUAUAAAUGUUCGAGUCUUAAUUAUCAGAGAGUAAAAACGUGUAGGAAAAUUUCGUUUCUCGUUUUCAUUGCGUUUUAGUAUAUUAAAUCUAGAUUGUUAACUCGUUUUUUUUUUAUGCUGGUAAUUUUUGGACUAUUGGAAACAAUUUUAUUUCAUUUUGGUUACAAUAUAAUGUUUUACAUAUUGUGUAAUUAAAUUAAGUACUGUUACAAAAUUAUGUAUUUUAGAGCGUUUAACUAGAUUCUGUAAUAAAAAUAGAUGUAUUAUUACUUGAUGAUUUAAACUCAAGAAGUGCAUUGACGGCCACUCUGAGUCCGUCUCUUUUCAAUACAUUAAAAUAAAAUAAUUUACGAAAAUAAUAAUAAUAAUAGGUAAAUAAAAUACAAAUUGUUUGUAUACAUAUGUAAAGACUUGCAAAAAUGUGAAUUAUACUUAAAAUGUUUGUUGGUUGGAAGUUUGAUUUUAUAACAAAUAGUAAAACCGCGAAAGGAAAUUUUGUUUUGCGUCUACGUAUCGAAAAAUGUUAUCGGUUUUUUCCAUAUAAUACAUUUAUACAAAACGUAAUCGGAGAUGUUUUUACUCCCUGUAAUUAUACAGUGUAUUCAUUAUGAUAAAGUUAUGAUUUGGUAUGCUAAUAAUUUGAUGAUAAAUUAGGCAAUCGACGAACACCGGAAAAAUUUACUAAAGCAGAUCAAUGCGAAAGAAUGGGAAAAAAUACAAGAAAGGAAAGAUUUCUUCCAGGAAGGAGUUGCGUACCAAGAAGGAGAAAUCGCCAGGAACAAAUCGUUACAUGAAACGAUGUUAAAGAAAGUCGAAGAGAUCAGGUAAAACGGACAAACAAUACAUAGUUUAUCUGACGAAAAAUUAUAAAAUGUUUGUGACGUUAAUGUUUUGUAUAGGCUGCAUAAUUUACCGACAAAGUACAUACAAGGAAUCGAGAGACAGUUGAAAUUGAAAGAAUGA